CGUCCUACUACAGAAGCAUUAUUUUUUGCAAUAAUCAAAGUUAAAUCUAGAUUUUUUGAAGAAUAUAUUUGUUUGAAGUUAAUUUACAAACUGCAGUUAUUAACGUAAUAAAGUCGCAAAUAAAUUAUAUUGGUGUAAAGUAUAUAUACCUUAUAAAUAUAUUUGUGUGCAUGGCUUGAGUUCAUUGCGAAUUUGUGAAGUCUCCCAAUAUGGGAAAGAGAUUUGAAAUAUUUUAGUGAUAUUAAUUAAAUAUAUAUAAUAUAAACGCAAGAGGCGCACACCUGGUAUAUUCGACAGAUUUUGUGGUGCAUAACUAUGGUUAUGAUUGCGAGUCGAAGCAUUGAGAAAUAUUCGGCAUGCUGACACCGUAACAAAUUCGAAAAUAUGUAAAUAAACAUGAACGAUAUAGAUAUUAAAAUAGUGGAUUCACCGAAAGACCGGUUAGUGGGAGCUGCGGAGUCGCCCUUGCCGGAAAACUCGGGUGAAAAUGAAGUUGAUCCAUUGUGCAUUGACGAAGAAAUGAGCUCCGCGAAGGAAGCAGAAGACACCGCUGAUAAUAAGGUGGAAACAAAUGAGAAUGCGGGUAACUGUGAUGAUAAUGCCAAAGAAGAGAGUUUAAGCGAGAGUGCAAGCAAAGGUGGUGAUUUGGGAGAGCAACAGGAAGAAACAAAAGAAACUACUAAAGAGGACACUAAAGUUUUCAUUAAAAUUCCACAAGAGGAUGCAAAAACUUCAGAAGUUGUUGAAAUUAAGAAUGAGACAACGGAGCCUGAGGUAGCAAUAGUUAGUGAGGAGAAAGAAGAGCCACCGGUAGAAGUGAAAAGCAAAGAGGAGAAGAAACAAGAGAGAGAGAAGAGAGAGAGUGAGACAGAUGUUCAAAUGUUAGAAGCGCCAACUGAGAAAGUAGAUAAGGAACCAAAAAGUACGCAGCCUGUUAAUGGGGAUAUUAAGGAGGAACCUGUAAAGCGGCGAUCUAGCGAAGACGUGGACACGGAAUCGCCUCUAAAGAAACUGUGCCAAGAAGUCGAGAAAACGUUUCCACAACACGAUAUUAUGAUAAACGAUUACAUACAAACAGCAACUAAGAACAACGUGGACGAAAUACAGAGGCAUACGGAACAACUGCUCUCGGAAAUACAGACGUUACGCGAGUUAGCUCAAAAGAAGGAACAUGAAUGGAACAAUAUAUUACAUCUUAAGAAGGUCAAAGAGGAAAUUCUACUACGGCUCUUAAGGCGAAAACAAGUGCUAUCCUUUGAGAAGUCGGCUGAUAUUAAUGGGGCGGAGAGAACUGAUCCAUUCGACUAUCUGAACCAAGCUAAGAACCUCGCUAUAGAUAAAAGCGAUGAAAUAUCCGGUUUAGCGUUGAAACAACCUGGAUCACUCAAUCCCAUGAUGCAACCUGUGAUGCCAGUUACGACGCAUUUCAAUUUAAUGUCAGGGUUGCCACCGCCAUAUGACAAAACUGCGCAUAUGCAGCAGAUGUCCAAACCAAUGUUCCCGCAAGGUUUAAUGAUGCCUGGGCCGUUACCAGGGUUUCCUAGAGAUAUGAACGGUCAGUUGCCGUCUAGUUACGGUAUGCCGAUGGGCCGUCAAGGACCGACUAAAGAUGUGAAGUCAAUAAUAGCGGAUUAUAGGCAGAGGAAUCCGGAAAUAGCUCCUAGGAGAGGAAGACGAAUGAAGUCGAUAGUGAACCCUAAUAUUAUGAACCCAAGGCCGAUAGCGCCGAAAAUGGAUAGUGUCAAUAAUCUAGGAAACCUAAAUAUGCUGUUCAAUAAUUUGGAUAUGAAUCAAAAGGCGAUGCUCGAACGGCUCCAACAAAUGCAAGUGGGCAGUCUACCCAACGGCCUAUCCUUCAAAGACGUGCUAGUUCAAUUCGCGAACAUGCAGCAACCAGGCAUGAUGCCCAGUAGAAUGGAUAUGCCACGGCCAGAACACAUCAGGCCGGAGAGACGAAGGCCAGAAAGGAACGAAGAACACAUACAGAAGCAAGCGGAGAGAAUGGCGUCUCCGAGUCCAAGAUUGCCACCUCCACCGCCGUACCCAGAAAUUUCGUUGUUGCCUGUCACCACGAGUCACGAUACCGGACAAAGCCAGCAGAAUUCGUUGCUGCACGGGAUUUUGACUAAGCAGGCGUCUCCUGCGUCUCAGAGUUACUCGCCGACGUUGGCAAAACUGCUUACGUCACCGGACGGAACACAGAGUGCACCACCGUUGCCAACUUUCGGUCAGGCCAAGAAUUGUGGCGAAAUAACGAUAACACCGGUGCAGCCGACACCCCCACCGCCGGAACCGCAGACACAAGAUAAAGCGGAAGUUGUGCAGUUGGACGACGAAGAGAGCCCUGCCUCAGAGGGUGAAGCGGCCGGCUCCGGCGCGUCCGGUGCGUCCGGCGCGUCCGGAGCGUCCGGCGCGUCCGGCGGCUCGCCGUCCGGCGCCGGCCGGCUCGUGAUAGACGAAGCGGCGGACGACACGCCGCUGUGCCAGGGCUGCAGGGCUCGGGACGCGCAGUUCGUGUGCGCCGGCUGCGCCAACCAGUGGUACUGCAGCCGGGAGUGCCAGGUAGCAGCAUGGGACGACCAUUCAGAAAUGUGCUCCGGUUGAACGGCAUGUGUUAUUUAAGGUAAAUAAGUUAGAACAAAUAGGAUCGCGUACUCGGGCGGUAGAUUUUGCCUUAUAUAUUUAUAUUGUAACGUGUUUUCAUUGUAUUCGGAUGGAUAAUAUAGACAAACAAUGUCACAAUUUUAAUAAUUGUGAAUGUGGCGGAUAUAAAAAAAAUUCCUUUUCCCAAUGUUUCUGUGUUUGUUUAGUGUAUAAAAAUUCUGGUCAAAUAAUUUACGUGAUGAAAACUUAUUUUGAAAGUCUAUGAAACAAAAAAUUGACAUUAGAAAGACAGAUACAAAAAUUCGGGAGCAUUAUUUAGUUUUUCUUAUGUUUGUGGUAAAUCUAACAUUCGCCUUAUUGUCUUGAAACCAAUAUUUUUAGUUUUAGCUUCACUUCUACAACGUGUUAAUUGCACCAAUAAUAAUAUUAACAAAAGAUAAUACGUCGUUCGUCUGAAUGCAAUGAAAAUACUCGAACUUAUAUACAUAAUGGGUGAAUCUCUCUAGUAUACAAUGGUUCCUCGCGUAAAAGGUGCACGAUUUUGCGUGAUAAACUUUAGUCAUUUUAUUAUUAUAGAGAAAAUUUAAUUUUUAACAGCAAAAAUUGUAAAAAAUCUCAUAUAUCAUAUAUAUUUUGUAUAUCAUCAUCUAGUUCAAAACUAAACAAAACUGACUUGUAUCAUAGAAAAUAGACAAUUAAUGAAUAUUAAUUACCCUUAUACAUAUUGUAAAAUAAUAUUUUUACUUCUUUUUCAUAUUCUUGAUUAAAGUUGAUUACGCAAAAUAUCGACAUCUCAUACGCACAAUAAAAUAGUUUCUGUUUACGCCUAAGAUAGUAUGUUUCUCGAUUUUAAUGUAAAAUUCAACUUUUUAUCGAUUCGUUUAACGUAAAAGACAAUAUGGGAAACGUAAUAUGCACAUAACAUUAAUAUAUAUGAAGAAACAGUAAAUAUUAAUUAUAAAUAAUGGUUAAACAUAAAUAAAUAAUAUGAUAAACAUACUUUCAGUAUUUCAUAACUGUUUACAAACCCUUUCCCAGUAUUUUUCAUUACAAAUAAAUGUCUUCUAAAUGUGUGAAAUUGAAAAAAAUGAGUUUACAUUCUUUUUAUAAAACUUAAAUGGCGGGAAAUUUUGACGCAUUGACAUUGAGAUUAAUAUUUCGUAUGGAGGAGACACCACGAACAAAAUCUGUGCGCCAUUUUUUUGCUCUAACUAAGUUUUAAAAAUUAUUAUCUAGUUAGGUACUUACCGAUGAAAGUU